GACUGGGCUCAGCUAGAUUGGAAAAGCUGUCUCAUACAGUAGGAAGUCACAUUGUAACUUUCUGUUAUUCUUUCUCUCACAUUGUUGCUGCAGUCUGAGAAGCUGAGAACCCACUCCACGCAGGGACUGCCACUGGUGAAACCAUGCCUGGUAAAGGGAGAAAACACACAGGGGGAGGCAAGGGCUCCAAAGAGCAAGGAGAUAAGAAAACGGCUGGGGCAUCGAAGCCUACAGAUAAAAAAACACCUGAAUCAACGGAGAAAAAGCCCAGCGCUUCUAGUGUCAGUCAAUCUGCGAGGGCCCAACCAAGCGGGGCCAGUGGGGCGAGAGGAGCAACUGGAGCAAGCAAGGCACAGCCAUCACAAGAUAGGACCAUGAAACCAGCAGAUCAAAAGGCUAUACCUUCCCAAGAAAAGUCGACAAGACCAUCAGAUCAUGCACAGUCAUCACAAGAAAAGGCCACAAAACCAGCAGAUCCAAAGGCUCCGCCGUCAGAAGAAAAGACUGCAAAACCAUCAGAUCCCAAGGCUCGACAAACAUCAAAACCAGAACCGGCCAAGCCCGUGCAAUCGACAAAGCCAAAAAGUACGACCACCACUACAUCAGCAACAUCAAAGCAAAGUAUCACAAAGCCAGCUUCCAAACAAGACUCAAAGCCAGAUCCUGGGAAGGAAAAAACAGGCAGCAAAGUUUCGUCAGGAACUGUUGGUAAAGUAGCGGCUACAGCUGCUGCCGGGACUGUAGUUGCGGCUGCUGCUGUUGGAGCUGCAUCUGCUGCAGCUGUUAAACAAAAGGAUGAGGUUAAAGAGGAGAAGAAAGCAGUCAGUGCUGAUAAAGUUUCUGCUGCUGCAGCUGCUCCUGCCAAGUCUGAUAUUGAUGAUGCCUUGGAUGAAUUAGUUAACACUUUGAGUGGACCUGACCCUUUUCCAGAGUCUCCGAAGUUCACUGGUCCAGAGAUAAAGGAAGACCCUGCGAUAUCUGAAUAUUUAGAAGAACUUGGAAAAAGGGAAAGUACAAUCCCACCGGAGUAUAGAAAACUGCUAGAUGGUAAAGGAGAAAAACCUGCCGAACAGGUGGAAGAGAGCUUUGGUGAUGACGAACUUCUUGAAGCCCUGUCGUCUGAUUUUGUCAGCUGCCCGGCUCCUCCAGAAGGAAAGAAACCAAAGUUAGAGGAGUGUAUUGCCAUAAAGCCAACAUCUGCUGCAGCUGUAUCUUCAAAACCGGGAACAGAGACAGUGCCUCAAGAUGCAUUAGACGAAUUACUGGGUACCCUGGAAGGGCCGCCUGUCAAUGUGCCAGAAUCCCCACAAUUUACUGGCCCGAUAAUAACGGAAACUGCUAUUACGUCAUCAUACUUAGAAGAACUUGGGAAAAAGGAGAGCACUAUCCCUCCAAAAUACAGGCACCUGUUGGAUGGAAAAGACCACGGUAAAGAAGUUCCACCUCCAGUACCAUCUGACGAGCCCAAGUCCUUGACUGAUGCUGAACUUGCAGAUGAAUUCUCAAAGGAUUUUGAUUUUUCAUCAUCCCCUACUGUGCCACCAUCAAGCUCUACCAAACUCACAGAUGGCAAGCCACAAACGCCUGAUCAAGUUGUUGCUUUAUCUGCAUCAUCCUCUCAAUCUGCUGCCAAACCUUCGGGCGAUGUAGACAGUAGUGCUUUAGACGAACUAAUGAGAACACUAGACGGACCUGAGUUUGCUGUGCCUGAAUCUCCAAUAUUCACUGGACCAGAAGUGACGGAAACCAGCACCGCGACGUAUAUUGAGGGACUGGGUGAACGAGACAGUACAAUUCCACCCGAGUACAGACACUUACUGGAUGGAAAAGUAGAUGGAAACGUGGUACCUCCGCCACCUGAAGAAAAGCCUAUGGAUGACGAUGAACUUGCAGCUGCAUUGGACUUUGCUUCUCCCCAGCCCGCUGCUGUCUUGCAAACUCCCCCCAUCAAACCAAAACCUCAGGAUGCGGCUACAUUGGACAUUGCUUCUCCCCAACCCGCUGCUGUCUUGCAAACUCCCCCCAUCAAACCAAAAGAUUCUUCUGCAAAAAAGCCUGAAUCAGAUGUAGUAGUUUCCUCGAGCAGUUCGUCUGCAGUUCAGUCUGCUCCUGUCUCCUCUAAACCCCCGGUACUGAAAGGCUCUGCCCCUAAAGCCGAUCCACUGGAUGCACUGGCUGGUACUUUGGAGGUCCGACAAGUAGAAGACCAUAAAGACAAGAAGCCUGCUGUUGAUUCAGUAAAGGAGAAAACUGAUCAGAAAAAACAGGACAAACUAGGUGAAGACGAAGAAACAAUACCUCCAGAUUACAGAUUAAAGGAAGUAAAGGAUAAAGAUGGAAAACCUAUUUUACCAAAACCUGAAGAUAAGCCCAAGGAGCUUAGCGAAGAUGAAUUGUUGGAUGCCUUCAGCGCAGGCUUUGAAACCUCACAAACGGCACCUUUACAGUGUUCAGGGAAAGAACCUAAAAGCAUGUCUGGAUCUGGAGAAGUUGUGUCCUGCGCAAAAGCACCUGCUGUGAAGGCUGGAGCUCCCCGUCCGGCUGAACCUGGUACACCGAUCUCAGAUGAUGCAUUGGAUCUGCUGUCAGGUACCCUGGGUUCUAGAGAACCGGAUCCCAAUGAAAACAAACCUAUAGUGGAUAAAGUAAAGGAAAAGGCCACGUCUGAACACAUUGAGAGGCUUGGUGACCGAGAUAGCACAAUUCCUCCAGAAUAUCGACAUCUGCUGGAUGGUAAAGAUGAGAAGGGACAGCCUAUAAAGCCCCCCUCCAAGGAAGAAAUGAAGUCUGAGAAGUCGAUAGAUGACGAUUCGGCUAUAGAUGCUCUUUCAAGUGGCUUUGCGUCUUGUGAUACCAAGUCAACAGAAAAGGUUCAGCAGACUUCAAAGGACAAGACUGAGAAGACCUCUUCUUGCUCAACAGUUUCCCAGUCUUCAGGAAAGACUCUGGAUCCUGUGAAGGAAAAGACAGAUAAGAGCUCUUCUAGCACAACCGUUUCACAGUCUUCAGGAAAGGCUUCUGACCCACCAAAGUCUGCGAAUGAGACCUCCCCUGCGAAACCUAGCACCCAGAAGACCAGUAGAAGCUAGAUGAUUGGUCUAUGUAUAUAGUUUUUCGUUGCACUUGUUCAAGGAUGGCUUGGGAAGAACAAAGGCUAACUAACGCAAGCCCAUGGCUAUGACUUGGCUCUCACUAUAGCCACCAUUCUAAAGUCCCUGGCACGUUUUUGGAAGUGUUUUGUUUCUUUUUGUUUUUUUCGGUUUUCUUCAGUUCUAUAAGAGGGUAAAGCUUUUAUAUUUGUAAUUAAAAUAUAUAUAUAUAUAUCACUUUGAACUUGUCAUGUCGAGGAGAGAAUAAAGUCUGGAAUCGCUGCACAUUGUCAUUGUAUAGUCAUGAUUGUGUAACUCUGAAAGCUUUCUAAGAUCUGUGUAAAGCUUACUUUAUGGGAUGAGGUCAUUUCUUGGGAUCCAAUUUAUCUUUCUGAGUACGGGGAAUAAAUGGUGAAAUGAAUGCGUGCGAGAGUCCACUGCAAAUAUUAAGCAUUAAGUAUUCAAUAGAAACUUUGUAUACCAGACUCCAUACAAAAUGUUUACAUGAACAGUGCCUUUUUUGCUAAGUGAUCUGUUCCCUAAUUUUGCUCAAACCAUAUUUCCUAAUAUACUGUCUACAAGAAUACAAUCUGGUAGUUUCCUGCUGGACGUGCCUAUGACAUUGCUUAUUUAAAGCAAGUUUAAUCCUAUAGAGUUGCACUGAUUCUUAUGAUUAUUUUCACACGGGAGACUAGGUUGGAUGAGGAAUUUAAAAGCUAUUAAGGCCUAUAACAAAAGUACUGGAUGUGUCGAAAACACAGUUCUGACGCAAAGUUUAUUCAAAUUAUAAAAGGGCUACUUGGCUUUGAAAUGCAAACUUUGGAACACUAUUGAAAAUAAAUCUUUUCAGAAUGUUA